AGUAUAUAUGUCGAUUCAUCAACGAUGCGAACUGCAAAAGAAACUGGAACAUUAUGACGAUCACAAUUGGAAUAUGGAGCGUACUCGGAAUAUUGGUUGCAUUGACAGAUGGCCAAAUCAUCUCAUCCACCAGCACCACUGAAAGCCAGACGGAAACAGAAACCACCGAGUAUGGACCCAUUAGUAUGGUUGUUGAUCAGCUCGCCGGAAUGUCUGUUGAUUUCAGUGAUCAAUCCUCAGCGCAGUUGCAGGCAAAUAUAGAUCGUGCCUUGGUUGCUCUCACGGGUAACAUUGAGACAAUGUCCAUCUCUGCUAUGAAUCAAAUGGAUAAAACCAUCGACCAGACCAGUCAGUUUCUAAUGGAUCAUGUAGACUGCAAUCCUGCCUGGAAUCUACAGCAAUUCACUGCGAAUGUAACACGUCAGCUAAGCGAUUGUAGCCUCAAUAUGGGAAGACUUGCCGAAUCCUUGCGUGCCGAUAGCCAGCAAGUGAUGGAGGCUGUCCAGAGCUUCAUCCAGCAAAUGUCCCAGUUGCCGUUGAUGUGCAGCCAACAACAGCAAUCGGUGAGCCUGGCACUGGGACCUCUUGGUGUGGGUUUCGACAACAGCAACAAUUGCUUCAUGGAUGGCAUCACUAGCAUCAACCAAGGCCUGGCCAAGGCGAUGCACAAUGCCUCGCUGUUCCUGGUGCACACACGCAGAUUGUCGCAGGAGCAAACGGCGCAGUCGCAGCAGUGCAGCGAUGACGUUGUUGCCCAGACUCUGGUGUAUCUCAGCGCUCUGCGCGCCAAUUGCAGCUAAGUCGAUUGUCAAAUUCUACUCGUAGCAUACGCAAAUGACAAAAAAAAAAAAAUUAAAUAAAAAGAAAGGACAAUUUA